GUGAAAUCUGCCUCAGGCACAAAUUGUCAGGUGAUCAUGCAUGACGCAGCCAGCAUAAAUGGAUGCCUGCAUUGUUGAUAGCCGGAUCUUUUUCAUUCCACGAGUUCGCCAGAAGAGCCUGAACACACAGCAUGGAGAAGGGCUUGACUCUGUCCAACUUCGAGCCCAAUGCGGUCAUCCGCGGCUUUCAGCUCACCGUUGUAGGAACCGUGCGGGCUUUGCAGAACCCCGAUCUCUUCAAAUAUGAGCAUUUCCGUCAAGCAGCUCUCGCUGUGGGCGUGGGAGUAGUCAUUCAGCUUAUUGUUCAGAUUCCGAUCAUCGUGCUAAAGCUUAGCCUGUACAUCCUCUCAUGGAUCAUCAGUCUGGACCAUGCGACAUGGGACGAUAAGCUCUUGGAGGGCAUGGAAUUCAUGUCCAAGUCUGUGCUCCAGGUACCAUUCCUCUUGAUGACUUUGAUGGGAUAUGUGACUCCCACACUGGACGAAAUUUUCAUGCAAUCUAUCGAGUGGGUUGAUACGACAUACAUCCAAAAGCACAAAUCUGAGAACCCAGAUACUCUGCGUGCCAUGUACUACCCUAGCUUGGUCAUGUACCCGACCAAGGGCAGCGCUCGAUCCCCGCGGCCCAGAUCGGAGGCUAUCAUGAUGUUUCUUCAUCGCUAUGCUAAGAGAAUGGGAAUGCUUCUCGGACUCUAUUUGCUUUCUCUGGCCCCUGUCAUUGGUCGAUUCGUGAUGCCCGCAACAAGUUUCUACACGUUCCGCAGUCAUGUUGGCACCGCCCCUGCUGCUGUCAUCUUCGGUGCGGGUUUGAUCCUUCCCAAGGCGUUUAUCAUCAAAUUUCUCCACACCUACUUUGCGUCGAGAAGCUUGAUGCGAGAACUUCUUGAGCCGUACUUCCGCCGUAUUCACUUUACGCCUGAACAAAAGCGCCGCUGGUUCCGGGACAGGGAAGGUGUCUUGUUCGGAUUUGCGUUUGCUUUUACGGUCGUACUGAAGACUCCCUUCAUCGGCGUGCUUAUGUAUGGAGUUGCCGAGGCCUCCACGGCCUACCUUGUCACCAAGAUCACCGAUCCGCCGCCCAGCCCAGCAGAGAGUGAAGGGUUUGCAGAAAGCCAAGUGACAUGGAAGAACAAGCAUGACUUCCUCCACUUGUCCCUUGAGAACAUUGACAAGCUCAAUGUUGUCACCGAUGAAGUCGGAUCUAAGGAGAGCCCCUCCAGUCCUGGAAAGAAGUUCUCUUGAACAAACUUGCUGGCCAAUGAGAAAAAACACUCAACUUGUCCAACAACCAUAUCUUUCUAGAUGGGUGUUUCACCAGCAAGCCGCGGUAUCCAUAGCCGGGGCUACUAUUGGUAGCUAUUGGUAGCCCCUUGGAAGGUCGCUUUGCGAAAUCUUAUCCUUCAAUUUGUGCUCGAGUAUGCGAUCAAAGUCUCAAGCGCCUUUUUCGGGGCAAGAAUAUCGGAUCUCAAGUUAUCUAGAUGCAACUAAUAAUAAUGCAUCUGUGAUCAAACUCCAGCAGUCGCCUAGGAUAACCAAUACGUCAGGAUGGCGCGAAGUAAAUCAUGUACGCGGAUUUGAAUACCGUGUUGGCCAACAUGACGGGAAAACACAUUAUUCGGGGACUAGACAGCUGAAGAUCUUGGACAUUUAACCAGGAACCUUUUGAGUUGAUGACAGGGAGCACAGGAGGGAGAAGAACAGGCCGCGUCAUUCCCUUUCCGAAUGCUUAACGAAGGUGAUCCCGGGCGCUGAUCCGAUUAUCCCUUGAUCACAGAGGUUGAUCAGAAAUAUCCAGACGUUUGAUCAAAAAUACACCCUUACGUUGGUCCGCCAUACUAUCAGCGUCGCCGGAAAAUUCCAACGAAGUUUGGAUCAAAAGCAAUAGCGAUAAAAAUACAACCCCAACUGCAUACUGGGUAGGUAUGUCGGAAUUUUCCAAGCGGCUCCAGGCCACGAGUCUCCUUAAGUGUUGAAGUCUUGGCACUUUCUCAGCGGCACCCUAUCUAGAUUAAAGGUGGAACUAACUAAUCGGAGGGAUCCAGGAUGAAAUGUUAUCCGGCUAGGCUGCUACCCUCCCGUAAGGCUGGUCUAGAUUACCUAGAGAUCGUUGAGUCCAUUGGACAGGAGAUGAUGCCAAGACAUCGUCUAUGGAGUAAAGCGUUCAGCGGUGGAGCGGAAACUCGCCUGCGGAUUGCGCUUUACUGAAGAGUAACCAUUGCCAGAUAUAGUGAAUACAACUAGCCCGAGGGUCCCGCUUCAAAUCUGAGCUGCCAUAAAUUGCCCUGCCACGUCAGCUUUAUUUGAUUGUCUGCGGUGAGGCUAAAUUUGGUGGCGAAAUUUGGAACUAAGCCUUUUCAAAGUUUUCACCAUGCCCUCUUGGACAAUGAAAGGAGGCAUUACCAUAGAGGGCAGACAAGUAUGCAUUUCAAGGAUUUUAAUCACAAAUCG